CUCUCACUGCAGUGAGACCCACUGCAGCAAAGUGCGCGAUUGUGAGCUCCGCUCGGCACCGUUUAAACAAAAUCCCGACCUUCGUCACAUAUAUGCCCCUCCCCCACCUCAUCCGCCAUUCAUACCGCUUACUCACCAGUCACGAGCUCGACAGGACUUACCUCUUGACCACUUCAUCACUCACGACCAUUUCCCGCUUGCUAUUUUGCUUCGCCGGUCCACAGCGUUGUACGCAGCCUGCAAAUAGACACGCUCUCUUGCUAACCACUCACAACUGCUUGCAGUCAGGGCCGGCUUUACACUUUGCAGCAAGCAGUCGUGCACCCUGGCAAGCCAAGCCAAGCCAUCCACCUUCCUCACCUCUCACUUCUUCUUUCUCGUGACUCGCUAGAUCUAGUCACCGCGCACACAUCACAAGCUGUACCCAGCAUUUCGUCGACGUGGACGACGAGUUCCUGGCUUUUCGACUCUCACAUCUUCAUCAGUCAGGAUGUCGAGCAGUGCCAAGCAGGCUGGCACUCCACCGCAGCCCACACCGGGUCAUAUGCCAGGUACACGGGGAAACUUGACUCCCUCACAAACCAGGGCGCUCUAUAGGUUGUGGUCUCGAUUCUUUAGACUUUGCCAAGAGCCAGCAGCGCCCGGCUCACUUGGAUCGACGAGCAAUUCGGUCAGCGCAAGCAGCUCAGCGGGAGGCAAAAAUGCUGGCGCGAACACACCCUAUUCCACGAGUGGUUCGACGAGUCAAAACGAAGCUUCGUCCUCUUCUCGAUCUGAUCUCAGGGGCAAGACUGCCGCGCACUCGGAUUCCUCUCAGCUUGGUGGUCGAGCGACAUCUAGCCAUACACGACUUGACUCUGGCGUCUCUACCUUGUCUGGAGGUGGAGUGGGUGGAUCCAAGCUGGGCAGAAGGGUGUCUGCUGGUGCUCCUCCCAGCUCGCUGAAUGGCGCCUCCGAUUCGACCUCAACCAAUGGUCCUCAUCUUGGCUCCAGAAUUCCAAGAGACGAUGGAGUAAAAGACGAGCUCAAGACGCUUGAAGAGGCAAAGGAGAUGAGGACAUUCUUGGAUAGGUACGGAGGCGAAAGGCUGAGAACGGUGUUUUGGGAAAUGGUCAAAGGCGAGCAUCCGGAUGCCCUCAUGCUGCGCUUCUUGAGAGCGAGGAAAUGGGACGUGGAUCGUGCUAUUGCCGUCAUUGGAGCUACUGCAGCCUUUCGAAUCGAAAACGACGUCGAAGCUCUAGUUCGAGGUGGUGAGCUGGAACUUUGCAAGACCAAAGGUGGACGCAAUAUCUUCCAAAAUGGAAUUUCAUACGUAUACGGCGCAUCGUACACUGGCGAACCCAUCUACUUCAUCGAAGUCGGCUCCCACUUUUCACAUGCGCAGACCCAAUCGGAAUUGAAGCGCGCCAUCAUUCUGCUGCAAGAAUGGUUGAGCAUGCUGAUGCCUCCUCCAGUCGAACAAAAAGUAGUAGUCUUUAAUUUGCGCAACUUUGGACUGAGGAAUAUGGAUUGGUGGACGGUGUUCUUCAUGGUCAAGACUAUGGAGAGCUACUAUGUGGAGAGCUUGGCUAGAGUAUACGUUCAUUGCCCACCCUGGAUCUUCAGACCCAUCUGGGCAAUCCUGCGCCCACUGCUCGACCCUGUCGUGCGCGACAAGGUCCGUCUUACGAGCACGGUAGAGGAGCUUUCAGAUCACAUUCCAUGGGAUCAUUUGCCGAAGGAUUCGAUGGGCGGCGGGGCAGAUUGGGGUUUCAGCUACCCGCUGCCCGAUUCGCAAGAGAAUGAUUUGCAACUCGAUACUGAAACGCGCGAUCGGUUGCGAGCAGCUUAUUCGGAAAUCGCCAUGGAUUUUGAGCGGUCCACUGCGCGCAUCAUUCGACGGUACCAAGCAAAAGCCGCAUCUCGCUCCGUUGCUGAUGGGUUUUCAUCAGCCGACGUGUCGGACGAGGAUUACGUUGACGAUGACGAUGAAGAAGAAGACGGCAGUGCUAGCUUUGCUGAGGAUCUCAAAGCUCAGCGUGAUGUUUUGGCGACUCGCUUGCGGGUUGCGUGGCUAAGACUAGCACCCUACGUCGUCGGAAGGAGCAAGUAUCACAGGUGGGGCGUGGUUAAUGAUGACGGGAUCGUCCGGUGGAAUUAUCACACGUUAGAAGGCAAGCACGAGGUGCAGACGUGCGGAGAGGGAACCACUCUGGGAGCGUUGGAAGCUGGACUGGAGCAAAUCGAGGCUGCUCAAAAGCAUGCCGAUACGACCGCUGUGGUGGAAGAGCCAUCCCAAUCCAACGGGCUCGUGGUGGAGAAUGGUAGACACAGACGUCAGAGGACUGGAGGUACGGGCACUCGAGCUUUGGACGAAGCGCUCGGUCUGGACACGGGAGAUGUGGACCUUCAAGAUGCUCCGACUGCGCCCGCCACAACUUCCGACAAGACGGAUCAGACCUCUUCCACUGCAAAACCUGCCGAGACAGCCUCUGAAGGAAGUCCCGUCUCACCGCUCAAGACCAUUUCGACCGAUCAGGAGCAGCAGCAGCAGACUCUUGAGACAUCCUCCGUCGAUGCCGUGGUGCCUGUCCAUCCCCUAGAGGCGUCGAGUGACAGUCAGGCAUGAGGCCUGAAGUGCGCUGCCGCGCAAUCAUUCCACCCAGACCUUUUCUCCUGCACUGCUUUCGCCUCCCCCCUUAACCCACCCCACCAGCACUCUUCCGCCCGCAUCGUCUCAUUUUCCCGCUCGCCUUUACGCUCUGGAUUGUCGUUCCUUUGCCAUCUCUUGCUUCCCAUGUCACCUUUAGCCUGCCUCUCGCAAGACAAUCAAUUCGAUUCGAGUCUUGGU